UAUGAGAAGCCCAGGCCCAGGCCCAGGCCCAGGCCCAGAUAAACCGAAGUGGCGGGUUCCAGUCACAACACAACUUCUUGGCUCUCUCUCUCUCUAUUGGCUUGUAUGGCUUUCUUCGGUUCUGUCACUAAACUCUAACUCAUCAGCGGUACCCUAGAAAUAUAUUCAACCUCGUUCGCUUACUCAUCGGAGAUCGGAGAUCGGAGAGUAGGUUUUUUCCGUUUCAUUCAUUGGUUGGAUAACACAAUUACUUCACUCACAAUUCACAACACAACAGGUUGUGUAUCAUUGGCUCCUCCAACAACCAAAUGGAAAUUUUUAGGAGGGCCAUACUGCAACCUGGGCCACCCGAAACUUUUGCUUUACAAACAGUUCAACAAGUCAUUAAACCUCAGAAACAAACAAAGUUAGCGCAAGAUGAGAAUCAGUUAUUAGAAAAUAUUCUCCGAACUUUGCUUCAGGAACUGGUGUCAUGUGCAGUACAGUCAGGGGAGCCAAUAAUGCAAUAUGGGCAAUCGAUAGAUGAGGGGGAGAGUUCCCUGGGCCAUAUUCCGCGUCUUCUUGACAUUGUAUUAUACCUUUGUGAAAAGGAGCACAUUGAAGGCGGCAUGAUUUUCCAGCUCUUAGAAGAUUUAACUGAAAUGUCUACAAUGAGGAACUGCAAAGAUAUCUUUGGAUAUAUAGAGAGUAAACAGGAUAUAUUAGGGAAGGUUGAGCUUUUUGCUCGUGGUAAACUUGUGAUGUUGAGGACAUGCAAUCAACUUCUUCGUCGUCUUUCGAAGGCAACCGACGUGGUCUUCUGUGGACGAAUUCUAAUGUUCCUGGCACAUUUUUUUCCACUAUCUGAGCGUUCAGCUGUAAAUAUAAAAGGAGUUUUUAACACAUCAAAUGAAACAAAAUAUGAGAAGGACCCCCCUGAUGGCAUUUCCAUUGAUUUCAACUUUUAUAAGACCUUUUGGAGUUUACAGGAACACUUUUGCAAUCCUGCUUCCAUAAGUCUCGUUCCUAUCAAGUGGCAGAAAUUCUUGUCCAAUUUAUUGGUUGUGCUGAAUACAUUUGAAGCUCAACCUUUAAGUGAUGAAGAGGGAAAUGCCAAUAAUUUGGAGGAGGAAGCAGCAACUUUUAGUAUAAAGUAUCUUACUAGCAGUAAAUUAAUGGGUUUGGAGUUAAAGGACCCAAGUUUUCGGCGACAUAUUCUUGUCCAGUGCCUUGUACUAUUCAACUAUCUUAAGGCCCCAGGUAAAAGUGAAAAAGAUUUGCCCUCUGAGAGUAUGAAAGAGGAAAUAAAAUCAUACGAGGAGCAUGUUAAAAAGCUGCUUGAGAUGACUCCACCAAAGGGUAAAGAUUUUCUUCAUAAAGUUGAGCAUAUACUCGAACGUGAAAAGAAUUGGGUGUGGUGGAAGCGUGAUGGCUGUCCUCCAUUUGAAAAACAACCUAUAGAGAAGAAAGUUGUCCAAGAUGGAGCUAAGAAACGUAGGCCAAGGUGGAGACUUGGAAAUAAAGAACUUUCUCAAUUAUGGAAAUGGUCAGAUCAGAAUCCGAAUGCUUUAACGGAUCCUCAACGUGUUCAGACUCCUUCCAUAGCAGAAUACUGGAAACCAUUGGCUGAAGAUAUGGAUCCUGCUGCUGGGAUAGAAGCUGAGUAUCACCAUAAAAACAACAGGGUGUAUUGCUGGAAAGGUCUACGGUUUUCAGCUAGACAGGACUUGGAGGGAUUUUCUAAGUUUACUGACCAUGGCGUUGAGGGAGUAGUGCCUGUAGAACUUUUACCACCCGAUUUUCGUUCCAAAUACCAGUCUAAACCAAAUGACAGGGCUAAACGUGCUAAAAAGGAAGAAGCAAAAGGUUCUGCACAGCAAGGGGAAGAAAAUCAGAUCUCAACUCCUGCGAGUGAAAAUGAUGAAGGAAUCAGAGGUGAUCUCGAGACCUCUACAACCCCAAUGGAUGCUGAACCUGAAACCGCUGGUGUGACUGACAUGGUGUCCCAAGGUGGCAGUCCAAUGCCGGACGAAAACCAGAAGCAAAACUCUGACACAGAUGCCGGUCCAGAGAUGGGCCAAUUGGAAGCAGAUUCUGAGGCAGAGGCGGGGAUCAUUGAGGGUGAGGUUGAUUUAGAUGCAGCUUCCUGACUAUGCCAACAUCAAGUUCGAUUUGGAAGAGAACGAACUCAUCUUCAUUUCCGGAAUACCAAGCAAACUUUUACAGCCUUGUAAUGCUCCAUUCUUAAAGGUAUUAUAACCAGCUUAGUGAAACUUUAGUGGCUCAUUCCUUCAAAGGUGCAAAAAUAUUUAUUUUUUGUAGGAUCAAAUCAUUACUUCUUUAUGCUCGUCAAAACAGUUUUGCUCUUUUUUUAUUUGUGAGUUUUGUAGGCUAAAAAUGAAAUGACCUCUUUUAGUUUUA